CUCUACCAGGCCACGCUGGAGCCGGUGCUCACACAGGCAAGCUACCAGGCCACAACAACGACACCCACCUCACCUCUGGCACCUCUGAGCAUCCAUGUACUUGCAAGAACUCUUGCUCAUAUCAGCUAAGAGAUUGCACCUGCUGACCUAGAGAUUCUGGCCUGUGGCUCCUAGGGUGAAAGGCAGCCGAGCAGGGCAGCCAGUAGCACCAUGUCUGUGACUGGCGGGAAGAUGGCACCGUCCCUCACCCAGGAGAUCCUCAGCCACCUGGGCCUGGCCAGCAAGACUGCAGCGUGGGGGACCCUGGGCACCCUCAGGACCUUCCUGAACUUCAGCGUGGACAAGGAUGUGCAGAGGCUACUGAGGGCCAUUACUGGCCAAGGCGUGGACCGCAGUGCCAUUGUGGACGUGCUGACCAACCGGAGCAGAGAGCAAAGGCAGCUCAUCUCACGAAACUUCCAGGAGCGCACCCAACAGGACCUGAUGAAGUCUCUACAGGCAGCACUUUCUGGCAACCUGGAGAGGAUCGUGAUGGCUCUGCUGCAGCCCGCAGCCCAGUUUGACGCCCAGGAAUUGAGGACAGCUCUGAAGGCCUCAGAUUCUGCUGUGGAUGUGGCCAUUGAAAUUCUUGCCACUCGAACCCCACCCCAGCUGCAGGAGUGCCUGGCAGUCUACAAACACAAUUUCCAGGUGGAGGCUGUGGAUGACAUCACGUCUGAGACCAGUGGCAUCUUGCAGGACCUGCUCUUGGCCCUGGCCAAGGGGGGCCGUGACAGCUACUCUGGAAUCAUUGACUAUAAUCUGACAGAACAAGAUGUCCAGGCACUGCAGCGGGCAGAAGGACCUAGCAGAGAGGAAACAUGGGUCCCAGUCUUCACCCAGCGAAAUCCUGAACACCUCAUCCGAGUGUUUGAUCAGUACCAGCGGAGCACUGGGCAAGAGCUGGAGGAGGCUGUCCAGAACCGUUUCCAUGGAGAUACCCAGGUGGCUCUGCUCGGCCUAGCUUCGGUGAUCAAGAACACACCACUGUACUUUGCUGACAAACUUCAUCAAGCCCUCCAGGAAACUGAGCCCAAUUACCAAGUCCUGAUUCGCAUCCUUAUCUCUCGAUGUGAGACCGACCUUCUGAGUAUCAGAGCUGAGUUCAAGAAGAAAUUUGGGAAGUCCCUCUACUCUUCUCUCCAGGAUGCUGUGAAAGGGGAUUGCCAGUCAGCCCUCCUGGCCUUGUGCAGGGCUGAAGACAUGUGAGACUUCCCUGCCCCACCCCACAUGACAUCCGAGGAUCUGAGAUUUCCGUGUUUGGCUGAACCUGGGAGACCAGCUGGGCCUCCAAGUAGGAUAACCCCUCACUGAGCACCACAUUCUCUAGCUUCUUGUUGAGGCUGAAACUAUUUCUUUAAAAUCCCUUAAUUUUCCCAUCUCAAAAUUAUAUCUGUACCUGGGUCAUCCAGCUCCUUCUUGGGUGUGGGGAAAUGAGUUUUCUUUGAUAGUUUCUGCCUCACUCAUCCCUCCUGUACCCUGGCCAGAACAUCUCACUGAUACUUGAAUUCGUUUGGC